CUCCAGAGGGAAAAAUUACCCGCUUCUCAGAGAGAGAGAGGGAGAGGAAUUUUAGCAACCGCCGACUAUAAAAUCAUCUCUUCCAGUUAGUUGCGUCUGCAGUCUUGACCGCGUUGUUGCUCAGCCACCGGAUGCCGGUCCAAGCAGCCGUCGAACGCCGCCCUUUCAGCCGGAUUCCUUCUCUUUCUGUCCACGCCAUUCCUUCCGUGUGCCACCGGACUUCUCGCGGCUCCUUUCUCUCUCCUCUUGCCUAUUCUCUUCUCGCUCUAUUUUCUAUUUUUAUCACUAAUUAUCAGGUAAGUAGAUUUUAAUCAUCAUCCUAUUCACGUAAUCUUCGCCAGCAAAAUCUUUUCCAAACCAUGGAAAAUCACCGGCGGCUUUCCCGCCCACUCGCCGCCGCCGCCGCCAACUAUCAUCUCGACUAGCGUUGCCGCGGUAGCUGAAAUCCAAUGCGCCAACCAUUCUGCUGCGUCUCUAUCGUCUCCCACAAGACUUCCGACAUCUCCGACAUGCCGCCUCUCCCGCCGCCACCUCCUCGCGCCACCAGCCAAGUCAACAACCACGCUACCGCCGACCACGGCUAUCCGAUGAAGAAAACUUUGUCGCCGAUUACGGAGUCGGCCUUGCGGCCGUCUUCUGUGCGGGAGGCUCCGCUCGAUCAACGUGAGGUCAAAAUCAAGGACAUAGUAGAAAAUGGAGUCUCCGGGAUCCUGUACAAGUGGGUGAAUUACGGCAAGGGUUGGCGUCCUCGCUGGUUCGUGUUGCACGACGGCGUGUUGUCUUAUUAUAAGAGUCACGGCCCUCAUAAAAUUGUAGUCAAUCAAGAGACCGAGAAGGGAUUGAAAGUUAUCGGCGAAGAGUCGAUCCGGCUUAUUUCUCGCCACAAGAACGGGUCCCCGCAGCUCAGGCGAAAGCCUCUUGGCGAAAUUCAUCUCAAGGUUUCUUCAGUUCGUGAGAGCAAAUCUGAUGAUAAGAGGUUCUCAAUUUUUACUGGCACAAAGAGGCUGCACUUGAGGGCUGACACACGUGAAGAUCGAGUGGCAUGGAUGGACACACUGCAGGCUGUGAAGGAAAUGUUCCCCCGGGUGUCUAACAGCGAACUAAUGGCUCCUUUAGACAAUGUUUCUGUGUCUACAGAAAAGUUGAGGCAGCGACUUCUAGCAGAGGGCAUCAGUGAGACAGCAAUCCAGGACAGUGAGCAGAUAAUGAGGAGUGAGUUUGCUGCCUUGCAGAGCCAGCUUGUGCUGUUGAAACAGAAGCAGUGGCUCCUCAUGGACACGCUGCGGCAGUUAGAGACAGAAAAAGUUGAUCUGGAGGAUACCGUGGUUGAUGAGAGUCAAAGACAGUUGAAAGAGCGAGGGUUUUGCUCUAGAUUAAGGCAUGAAAAAUACAGUGAAGGAAGUGUUAGCGAAUCUGAUGAUGACAAUGAAAGAGUAGAUGGUGCAGAGGAAGAAACUGAUGAUGAUGACAAUACUUUCUUUGAUACUAGGGAUUUUCUCUCAUCAAGUUCUUUUAAGAGUAGUGGGUCUGAUUUUCGGAUAUCUUCUUUUUCGUCUAACGAUGAGGAAUCUCUUGAAUUUGAAGAUGGUAUUGAUCCUUCAAUUAGAUCUGUUGGAACAAGCUACCCUCAUGUUAAGAGGCGAAAGAAGUUGCCUGAUCCAAUUGAGAAAGAGAGAGGGGUUAGUUUGUGGUCGAUGAUUAAGGAUAACAUUGGGAAAGACCUCACAAAAGUUUGUCUUCCUGUUUACUUCAAUGAGCCUCUUUCUUCUCUGCAAAAAUGUUUUGAAGAUUUGGAAUAUUCAUAUCUGAUUGACCGGGCAUAUGAAUGGGGAAAAAGGGGUAAUAGCCUUAUGAGAAUACUUAAUGUAGCUGCAUUUGCUGUAUCCGGAUAUGCUUCUACGGAAGGAAGAGCUUGCAAACCAUUUAAUCCAUUAUUGGGGGAGACAUAUGAGGCUGACUAUCCAGAUAAAGGCCUUCGUUUUUUCUCUGAGAAGGUUAGCCAUCAUCCUAUGAUCCUUGCAUGUCACUGUGACGGUACGGGAUGGAAGUUUUGGGGCGAUACCAAUUUAAAAAGCAAAUUUUGGGGUCGCUCAAUUCAAAUUGAUCCUGUCGGGGUUUUGACUUUGGAAUUUGAUGAUGGGGAAAUCUUUCAAUGGAGUAAGGUAACAACAUCAAUAUACAACCUUAUAUUGGGAAAACUAUAUUGUGAUCAUUAUGGUACGAUGUGGAUAGAGGGAAAUCGGGGAUACUCUUGUAAGCUUAAAUUCAAGGAGCAGUCCAUCAUAGAUCGCAAUCCUCACCAGGUACAUGGCAUAGUUCAAGAUAGGAAUGGGAAAACAGUGGCAACUCUUUUUGGAAAAUGGGAUGAGAGCAUGUAUUAUGUGGAUGGUGACUACUUUAAGAAGGGAAAGGGAUCUGAGGCAUUGUCAGAAGCCCGUAUGCUUUGGAAGCGGAGCAAGCCUUCCAAGUUCCCCACUAGAUAUAACCUAACACGUUUUGCCAUCACAAUGAAUGAGCUCACUCCUGGAUUAAAGGAGAAGUUACCACCUACAGAUUCAAGGCUAAGACCAGAUCAAAGAUGCUUAGAAAAUGGGGAGUAUGAAAUGGCAAAUGCAGAGAAAUUGCGGCUAGAGCAGCGGCAGCGGCAGGCUCGGAAGAUGCAAGAGAGGGGAUGGAAGCCACAGUGGUUUGCAAAGGGGAAAGGAAGCGAUGCCUACCGGUACGUGGGCGGGUAUUGGGAGGCCAGGGAGCAGUCCAUUUGGUCCUCCUCUCCUGAUAUCUUUGGUCAUCUCUCUUCUCCUCACCUGUCUGACUAGUACCACUGUGAUCCAUCUUGGCGAGCAGAUUAGGCUCACUGGUAGAGGGGACUACAGUACUGCCCUGUCUGUAGGGUGAGUGUUUUUGGGAAGUCAUUUUUGAGUAGUCCUUAGGUCCACAUGAGGGUAUUUUGGAAAUGGUUAUGUAAGCAUAUUUUGGGAAAAAUUCUGAUACUCUGGUAUUGUGUAUAUUGACAUGGUUGUAUGUAUUCUGCUUUCCACUGCAUAGGUAGUUUAUUGUGUCUCAGAUUCCACGAUUCCUAUCUGGACCGUGAUGAUGGUUUAAUUGAUAUUUAAAGGUAUCAGAACAGUAAAAUUUUACAGUUAAUUUAUGUGGAAAAAAAUGGCAUGAAAAAUCAGGUUGUUACACGC